AUGGCGGAAGCAAGAAAUUUUGACUUGCCUGAAUUGCCAGAGGAGAGAGUUAUGGAAGUAGAAGCGAGGCAAAUUAAUGAAAAUCAAGGACAGCGUGCGCAAUUGACACUGCCAACAAACCUCGAGUUUUUCCAGCCAGACAAAGGAACAUGGCGUCGAUUUAUGAUGCGGCUUGAAGAUACUUUUGAAUUCUUCGAAAUACGCGAGGAUUCAAAGAAGAAGAGGAUGUUGACGCACUACAUGGGACUUGAGGCGUAUAAUAAAUUGUGUGACAGAAUCACACCAAGAAUUCCAAGGGAGCUGACGUAUAAGGAAAUCGGGAAGGAAAUGCAACAAAUCUAUGAUCCGACACCUUUGGAAAUCGUGGAAAUCUACAAAUUUCAACGGCGAGAGCAGAAAGAGGGAGAAUCUUGCGACGAUUUUCUAGCAGCAUUGAGGAAAUUGUCUAUUAAUUGCAAGUUCGGAUGUCGAGAGUGUGAUUACCUUGUGAAAGCACUGCGAAAUCAAUUCGUGGUUGGGAUAAGGAACAAAACAAUCCAGAAGAGACUACUCGAGAAAAGGGAUCUCACACUGGACAUGGCUUUGGAAAUCGCAAAGGCAAUGGAGACAUCAGAGAAGGGAGAAGAAGUGCUCGGAGAUAAGCAGACGGGCAAUGUUGUCAACAAGAUAUCCGAUGACGUCAACAAGGAUGCUCCGAAGAAGGUUCCAGAGAAGGAGGAACCCCAAGACAAAGCUACCAGGAAGUGCUACCGUUGUGGAGUGAGUACCCAUUUGGCCAACAAGUGUCCCCAGAAGGAGGUUACGUGUUAUGCUUGCAACAAAAAGGGGCAUAUUGCGAAGUUUUGCAAAACUAAGAAAGAUUCUGGGGGAGGGGAGAAGAUGAAUAAAUUUGAAGAGAUAGCGUAUCUUGAGGGUAGUCUUGUUGGGAAAGUUUGGCUGGGCAUUAAGGUGGGUGGAAGAAACAUGAAUUUCGAGGUAGAUAGUGGGUCUCCGAUUACAAUAAUUACAUUGGAAGACAAAGAUGAUUGGUUUCCAGAUGCCGAAAUUUUUCCUACUAAAAGGAAUUUUAUCGGUUAUAAUAAUUCGCAAAUUGACGUGUUGGGGUACGUGAGGGCUACCGUGGAGGUUGAAGGGCGUGUCCUUCGAGACAUGAAUUUGUACGUGGCCGUGGGUUCUAAGAAGACACCUCUGAUGGGCCGGGAGUGGAUACGGAGACUCAAUUGGCUUAAUUGGAAUCAAGUUAUGGCGAUUAAUAAGAUUUCAGAAACAAUUGAUAUUGAUCAAGAGAUGAAACACCUUAAACAAGAGUUUAAAAAUGUGUUUGAUGAUUCUUUGGGAAAAAUCGUAGGGGUGAGUGCCGAACUCAAACUGAAAGAGGGAGCAAAUCCGGUGUUUGUGAAAGCAAGGAGUGUUCCAUUUGCUAAGAGAGAAGCAGUAUCGAAAGAAAUAGAUAGGCUAGUGGCAGAAGGGGCUCUACAGAAGGUUAAUCAGAGCGCUUGGGCGACACCGAUAGUAGCGAUUCAGAAGGCGUCUGGGAAGAUCCGUUUGUGCGGAGAUUAUAGCUCUACAUUGAAUCCUAAUUUGGUGAUAGAUAGGCAUCCGUUGCCAACAGUUGAGGAAUUGUUUAGUGGCAUGGCGGGAGGAAAGAAAUUCUCAAAGUUGGAUCUAUCACAGGCUUACAUGCAAAUGGAAGUUCGCGAAGAAGAUCAAGAAUUGCUCACUUUGAACACGCACAAGGGGCUUUUUAGACCAACUCGCUUGAUGUAUGGUGUAGCUUCGGCUGUAGCCAUUUGGCAAAGGGUUAUGGAAAAUCUAUUGUUGGAUAUUCCAGGGGUUAAAGUUUUCUUAGACGAUAUCCGCGUGACAGGGUCUAAUGAUAAGGAGCAUUUGGCAAGACUGCGGGAAGUAUUGAAGAGACUAAAUGAGAGGAACAUGAGAGUUAAUUUUCAGAAAUGCGAAUUUUUUGCGGAUCAAAUUGAGUACUGCGGGUACGUUAUUGAUAAGAAUGGGAUCAACAAGGAUCCAAAGAAAAUUGAAGCUCUCGAGAAAAUGCCAAGACCAAGCAAUCGUGAGGAAGUUAAGGCAUACUGCGGGGCUUUUGUGAGUAUUCAGAAGGAAAUGAAAGAUAAGGUCGUUUUGGGACAUUAUGAUCCACAAGAGCAGCUGGUACUAGCCGUGGACGCAAGUCCAGUAGGUGUAGGAGCUUGCCUGAGUCACAGGUACAAAGAUGGUUCUGAGAAACCACUGUGUUUUGCAUCCCAAACAUUGACAGAAACCCAAAUGAAGUACACACAAGUAGACAGGGAAGCACGAUCCAGUGAACACGGGAAUGCCGAUGGGUUGUCGCGUCUACCUUUGCCACAAACUUCGGAGUAUGAGACUGAUGAAGCAGAAAUAGUUCAGUUGAAUCUCAUUACCACCCUUCCGGUGACCCUUACAGCAAUCCAGGAAGCAACGCGUACAGAUGUAGAGAUCAGAAAGCUAUUGGAAGGACUUAGAACAGGGAAAGCAGUCUCUAAAGAAGAUCGAUUCGAUAUUGAUAUGAAGGAAUUUUCACUGAAGCAGGGAUGCCUUGUAAGGGGAGAGAGAACUUACAUUCCUAAGAAACUUAGAGAAGAUAUUCUUAAGGAGUUGCAUGAGGGGCAUGUGGGAAUGACAAAAAUGAAGAUGAUUGCGAGAAGUUAUUGUUGGUGGCCCAAGAUAGAGAGGGAUAUCGUGAUGUUGGUUAGCAACUGCACAGAUUGUCAGGAAAAUAGACCGGAGCCUUCGAAAGCUCCGGUACAUGCAUGGGAAGCAGCAAGUAAGCCAUUUGAGAGAAUUCACAUUGACUAUGCGGGUCCUAUUUUUGGGAAGUGGCUAUUGAUUGUGGUAGAUUCAUAUUCAAAAUGGCCUGAAGUAGUAAGUGUAUCGGAUCAAACAGCAGAAACUACCAUCACGGAAUUGCGAAAAAUUUUUGCAACACAUGGGAUUCCCGAGGAAAUUGUUUCAGAUCAAGGUAGGCAAUUCAUGGGUCACGAAUUUGAAAAUUUUUGCAAGAAUAACGGGAUAAUUCAUAAGACAGGAGCGCCAUACCAUCCGGCAACAAACGGACAAGCCGAGAGGUAUGUGCGUACAAUAAAAGAAAAAUUGACAAUUCUAAAGACGACAAACAAAGAAGAUCUUGAUAGGAAGUUGUGUUCUAUCCUAAUGAAUUAUCGUAGGACACCACACAGCUCAACGGGUGAAUCACCGAGCGAAAGACUUUUUCACAGGAAGAUUAGAUCGCGUCUGGAUCUUAUUUUGCCGGGGGAAGGUGGGCGUGAGAAGGAGACGGAACAGUCUAUAAAAGUACGUGAAUUGAGACAAGGUGACAGGGUUGCGGCAAGGGAUUUUAGACCAAGGGGUCCGAAGUGGAAAUUCGGAAUAGUUAAGAGUAGGCUGGGGAAGUUACAUUACGAGAUCUUGCUGGAUGAAGGAAUUGUAUGGAAGAGACAUAUAGAUCAAGUGCGUAAAGUGGGAGAAAAUGCAGGUCGGUUCGAGAACGACACACACAUUUCACAUCAAGUUGAUCGGUAUUGGGACGAUAAUAUUCCCCAUUGUUCAGAUUCCAAUGAGUCAAGAGAGUCAGAAGUAUCGUAUCCUGUUCCUCCAUCUGAGGAAGAUGUUUUCGAAGAUGCAGAAGAGGAUCCAGCCGGUACAAAUGAAGUGUUAUCAGAAACAGGAGCGUCACUUCCGUCUCCGGAGCCCUUGCGGAGAUCCCAAAGGGCUAGAAGGCCACCUGAUCGACUAGACCUCUAA